AUGCCUUCAGCAACCACAACAACCACAACAACCAAGGUCUCGGAUCCCACAGAGUACCAGAAGAUUUUCCACUGGGCCGAGACACAGAAGGAUGCCACUGUUCCUUCAUUCAAAACACGAAGAAAUGACCCUUACAAGUACCAAGCCGGCUUCGGCAACUCAUUCGAAUCAGAAGCUGUUCCUGGUACCCUUCCACAGGGCCAGAACAGUCCCCAAAAUGUUCGCCUAGGACUAUAUGCCGAGCAAAUCACUGCCACUGCUUUUGUGGCUCCCCGAGGUGCUAACAAGAAGGCGUGGCUGUACCGUGCCCGUCCCGCCGUUGCUCACUACGGUUUCACAGAGUUGCCCGAUAAUGAAGACACCGAGUCUAACUUCUUGCCUCUGAAUCCCCGCAUUCAUGUCUCUCCUACCCAGCUGGCAUGGCACCCUAUUGACAUCCCCGAGAAUGAAGAUGUGGACUUUGUGGAUGGUUUGAAGACCUUCGCUGGCUCUGGUGAUCCCACGCUGCGCGAGGGUCUAGCCACUCAUCUCUAUGUGGCCAACACUAGCAUGCAAAAGAAGGCCUUUGUCAACUCCGACGGAGAGUUUUUGAUUGUCCCGCAGCAGGGUGCCCUCGAUAUUCAGACUGAGUUUGGCCCCCUUUAUGUGCAGCCCGGAGAGAUUAUCGUCAUUCCCCGUGGUAUUCGAUUCCGUGUUGAAUUACCCGAUGGCCCCUCCCGUGGAUACAUCCUUGAAGUCUGGGGUAGCUACUUCGAGCUUCCUGAAUUGGGUCCUAUCGGUGCUAAUGGUUUGGCUAAUGCCCGAGACUUUUUGACUCCCAACGCUCAUUAUGAAAUCGCCAAGGAAGAUUGGGAGAUCGUCUAUAAGCUCGGUGGCAAGUUCUUCAAGAGCACCCAGGGCCACAAUCCAUUUGAUGUGGUUGCCUGGCACGGAAACUAUGUUCCAUAUAAAUAUGAUAUGACCAAGUUCGUCAACAUCGGCUCUAUCUCUGUCGAUCACAUCGAUCCCUCAAUCUUUUGCGUUCUUACAGCGAAGUCUCGUGACGUGACAGCUCCAUUGGCGGAUUUUCUCAUCUUCUCUCCGCGAUGGGAUGUUUCCUCACACACCUACCGUCCUCCAUACUACCACCGAAAUGUUGCCUCAGAGCUGAUGGGUCUGGUCUACGGCGAUUAUGGCGGUCGGUCAGAUGCCUUUAAACCCGGCAGUGUGUCAUUCGAAUGCGGAAUGGUUCCUCACGGUGUCGCUUACGAGGAAUUCAAGGCGGCGUCUGAAACCGCACAGCCAGUGAUGCAAAUCUCCGAGGCCUCAAUCGCCAUCAUGUUCGAGUCUAGUCGACCAUUCACCAUUACUGAUUACGCAUGGAACAGCAAGAAGAAGCACGAGCAUGAGCCUAAGAUGUGGGACAGCUUGGUAAAUCACUUCUCCGAGCAUGCAGAGGAAGUUGAAAGACUCCUAGCUGCAAAGGCGAGGGGUCUUACUAUCGCUUAA